UCUUACGUGGAGUUUUCAUUUUCUAGUCUGGUUCGUUCCCGGGUCUUUGAAUGGCAGUGGUAACCGAGGAAGCGGGCGUUCAUGAUCAGGUUAUCCAGCAACAGCAGCAGGUCCGUAUCUCCGAGGACGACAUGCAGAGGAUAGCGGAGAUGGCGGCCAGAUUGGUACGCCAGGAAAACCCGCUUCAGGAUGGUCAGGGCCAUCCCGGUACGCCCGCUCAACAGGGCAUCUCAGAUGCAGGUCAAGACGAAAGUCUUAACUUGAGGGUGGACAGCGACUUGGAGGCAGGAGCAAGCCUCACGUUAUCGAACCUCCUCCCAAAGAAUGACAGAGUCCUCCUCACACCCCGUGAAAGCAGACGCCAUACUGGUAGCGGAAGGGAUCCCACCGGUACCGGCAAAGCUUGUAGAGAGGAUCAGGGGCUGGUGUUAUGUGGACCUGGCGGACCUGUUGGCAGGAGUUGCCCACAAGCAGGAGGAAUCUCUAAGUCUGUCAGAGGACAGAAUCAUCUUGGUUCAGCCAGUGGACCAAGUGAGGAGAAAGAAGAAACGAAUUGGGGACAUUGCUACAUGGUCCCAGGCUUAUGCCAUCCUGGUGGCAGUGCUAGUAUCAGCAGAGGCCACCACAAGAGAGGAGGCGGCAGGCUUGCUGGCCCAUAUGCAGUCCGUCAUCCAGUUGUGUAAGGAUCUAGGCAGUCUCAAAUGGUUACAGUAUCAUCAACAGUAUCGUGAAUGGGCUGCUGCAUCAGGAAAGAGAAUCUGGGGUGAGGUCAACAUGUCCAUUUAUGGGCGGUGCCUCUGCACUCCAACCCCGAGCAGCACAGAGAGAGAGAGGAGAUUUGAGAAACCCCAAGCCCAGUUUAAGAAAGAGCCUCGGAAAUCCAAGGGGAAGAACAAAGCUUGUUUCAAG